AUGGCUUCACCACUAACCGUACGAAACUUGACGCCUACCACCCUCUCGAUCCAGCGUGUUGAGCGAUUUGAGGACCCAAAUACGCUCCAAUCCAAAGCAAGCGGGUACUUCCUCGGUGCUCAAAGCACCCCAUCCGCGGCACCGACUUCACCUGAACUCAGCAACCAUGCACAAAGCUUCAACGAUCAGGAUCUUGAGACCGUCCUGCGGCCGUUCGAGUCGUAUACUUUAACAUUUGCAAAGUCGAAGCAGUCCAACGCAUUUUCACUAUCAAAUCCAACCCUCCGUCUCACGAUUCAGACAUCCAAUGGUGAACGCCAUCGGAUUGAUACGCACCCGUCAUAUACUCAAAAGUCAACACAGUCGUUUACCCCACUGUCCGCGGACUCUUCAACAACUUACAAAGCCCUCUUUCACCCAUCGACACCUGUUCCCCAUCUCUCGAUCCAUGUCAACCACCUUCCAAACUACUCUUCGUGGAUGGGCUCAUUACCAGAUGAUCUACCUCUAUCAGCUAUAAGCAUCCCUGGAUCGCACAACGCACAUACGCACUAUCGAGCCCUCCCAUCUGUUCGAUGUCAGGUUCACGAUGUCAAGGCACAGCUCGAGAACGGGAUCAGAUUCCUGGACAUACGGGUACAGCCAACACACGCAACGGAUGCAUCAAAGAAAGACCUUUACCUAGUACACGGCGCAUUCCCUGUGAGUCUGACAGGACCGAAGUACCUUGAGCCUAUCCUAAAGAUAUGCUACAACUUUCUCUUAGCAAACCCCAGCGAGACGGUAAUGGUGAGUUUGAAGCGAGAAGGUGUGGGAAGCGCGACGGACGAGCAUCUUGCCCGCAUCCUAGAGGAGCACUACAUCACCCCCAAUGCGCGCCAUUGGUACACGGAGAACGCGAUACCGUACUUGGGAGCUGUAAGGAGUAAGCUGGUUCUGGUACGGAGGUACAAUGUAGCCCGGACUGUGGCUUCAUCUUCGAGUUCAGAUUGCAAGAAUGGCGGACUAGACGCAACAGCCUGGCCGCACAACGCAACGCACGACGUCUUCCCGUCGCACUCUUCCGCACCAACAUUCUGCCUCCAAGACUUCUGCGAAGUUCUGAUACCGGAUAUUAUACCAACGAAGAUACAGCAUUGCAACGACCAUCUCGUGCGUUCCGCUGCUGCGGUUCAUCCCAUCCCUGGCAUAACAACCGAUGUCACGAAUCCAGUACCGCCAGGACCAUUGUACCUAAACUUUCUUUCCGGAAGCAACUUCUGGAAGAAAUCCUGCUGGCCUGGGGCUAUCGCCAAAAUUGUCAACAGGGGCAUGGAGGAGUGGCUUUGUGAGGGGCAUCACUUGGAGGCUCCAAAUACGACACCUCGCCACCCGGAGGUCGCAGAUGAGAGUGCUGAGGGUGCAGUGAGGAGGGCGAAAAGCGGUGAUGGAAGUACGGGUGUUGUUGUGAUAGAUAAUGUGGGAGAGAAUGGGGAUUGGGAGUUGGUCAAGCUGAUCGUGGGUAUGAACAUGGGAGUGUUGGCGAAGAUGAAAGCAAUGGGGGAGAGUUGA